AAUCUCAUUAGAUAACACGCCAGAAUCGAAUCAACCGGUAGUUCUACAAUACUUCUAAGUAAAAAAAAAAAACCGAAUACUUGUCAUUUGUCAGUAUAAAACGCACGUGACGUUUAACACCGUAAAUAAUAUUCAUUAUAACAUCAUUGUUGAGCCAAUUGGUGGACAAGUCUACACAUUCAUAUUACAAUACACCCACCAUAAAAAUUACAAAUUCUAGUUGUGAUGUGACUUUGGACUCGUAGUAAUCUUAAAAUUUCGGCUGAAGUCGAGUAUACGUGUAACUUGGAUCCUGAUGAUAACGACGGUACUUAAGUGAAAGUGACUUUUAAUGGAUAAAUAGAAUUUCUGUUGACUAAAUUAGUGACUAUACUAAACGAUAUGGCAUCGUUUCUAAAAUGGUACAGACAUUACAGUCAUACUUAUCCAAUACGGACUAAUCUCGUUCAAACAGGAAUAUUAUUUGGACUCGGUGAUAUCACCGCCCAAACUAUUGUUGAAAAACGUAAACCAAAUGAAAUUGAUUUGUUACGUACCCUACGUUAUGCAUCUAUUGGGUGUGCGGUGGGACCAUCGCUGAGUAUUUGGUAUAAAACAUUGGAUAGAUUCGGCACCCAAACCACCGUGCCAAUAAUUGCCAAAAAAAUAUUAGUCGACCAGUUAGUCGCCUCGCCUAUUGUCAAUGGAUCCGUGAUGAUUAUGAGUAGAGUAUUUAGCGGGGACGAAUGGCCUCAAAUACAAACAAAAUUAGAAGACAACUAUGUAACAGUGAUACUCAAUAGUUAUAUGCUUUGGCCAGCUGUGCAAACGUUAAAUUUUUCACUCGUACCUCAACAAUAUCGAGUUUUAACAGUACAAAUUAUAUCUUUAGCCUGGAAUACAUAUCUGUCGUUCAUGAGCGUUGGCGGUGGAUCGAGUCAGCCAAAGCAGCAGAACAUUAUUUAAAUUAACAUUCCGAAAUAAUACAUAUUUGUUAUAAUUUAUCUUUCAUAGUUUAAAACAAAAAAUUAUUAAAUUUUUAAGUUGAUGUUUAUCAUAGCAAUUUAGCGUUUAAUGGAAUAAGGGUUUUUUAAUUUUAGUUAUAUGAACGAAACUUAUAAUAGAGUAAUCUUUUUAAUAGUAUUACGUCACUUGAUUAUUACUGUCAAUUCCUACAUUAAAAUAUCUU